AGUACCGCCACCAGCGUGUUGGUGGGGCUUGUGUUUACAGCGUUGCAGGGUGGAUGCUGCUCUGCUCGUUGCCAUUACGACCAAACUGGCUCACUACAAUGUUAUGCCAGCCGACAUUUGACGGCAUAUAAGUUGCGGGGAGACUGGUGGUUUCCGCUUCCUGGCUUCUCCUUCCUCGCCCUCGCUGGCGUCUUCCAUUCAUGAGCGACACGGCCGAGCGGAAGAGCGACAGCCAUGGAUGACAAGGGCUCGGCGGGGAAGAUUAGCGUGUCCUCGGACUCGGUGUGCACUCUCAACAGCGAGGACUUUGUCCUGGUGUCGCGGCUGGGCGACGAGACGCCCUCGUCCACCAAUAAUGGCAGCGACGACGAAAAGACGGGGUUGAAGGUGAUUUCAGAGGAAGGGGUCAGCUUUAAGAUCGUAGGCAAUGGAAGCGAGCAGCAGCUCCAACGGGAGUUGGAGGACGUCCUCAUGGAGCCGUCGGUGGCCCAGGCGGGCACGGGGGAUCAUCACGGCCUUCUCGCCACCACGGCUUCCCCUGUAGCGCCGGGCGCCGACCCACUAAGCGCUCCCUCCCCCAAGGUGGAGAUGGCGCUUCCUGUUCAGACGGCUCAGGAGAGCGAGCUGAAUGAGCGGUCGUAUCGAGGAGACGAAUCAUCGUCAGACGGCAGCCCGGGUAGUCCCAUCCCAGAUGAAGACAGUGUGGUCUUCAGUCAGCUGACAUAUCUCGGGUGCGCUUCGGUCAAUGCCCCCCGCAGCGAGGUGGAGGCCCUGCGCAUGAUGAGCAUCCUCAGGGGGCAGUGCCAGCUCCCCUUGGACGUCACGCUGUCGGUCCCGGGCGUGUCGGAAGGCACCGUCAGGUUGUUGGACCCCCACACCAGCACAGAGAUCGCCAACUACCCCAUCUACAAAAUCCUUUUCUGCGUGCGCGGCCACGACGGCACCCCGGAGAGCGACUGCUUUGCGUUCACCGAGAGCCACUACAAUGCUGAGAUCUUCCGGAUCCAUGUGUUCCGUUGCCAGAUCCAAGAGGCGGUGAGCAGGAUACUCUACAGCUUUGCCACAGCGUUUCGGCGGUCCGCGAAGAAGGCGGCGUUGGCGUCCCAGCAGGCUGCCCCCCUCACGCCCGACAGCGACUUGUUUACCUUCACCGUCAGCCUGGAGAUCAAGGAGGAUGACGGCAAGGGCACGUUCAGCGCCGUGGCGAAGGACAAGGACAAGCAGAGCUUCAAGCUGCGAGCAGGAAUGGGCAAGAAAAUUGUCAUUUACGUGCAGCAGACGUCCAACAAGGAGCUGGCCAUUGAGAGGUGUUUUGGUCUUCUGCUCAGCCCUGGGAAGAAUGUAAAGAACAGUGACAUGCACCUUCUGGACCUGGAAUCAAUGGGAAAAAGCUCGGACGGGAAGUCUUACAUCAUCACAGGAAGUUGGAACCCCAGCACGCCCCAGUUCCAGGCCGUGAACGAGGAGACGCCCAAAGAUAAAUUCAUGUAUAUGACCACGGCGGUGGACCUCGUCAUCACCGAGGUGGAGGAGCCGGUGCGUUUCCUCCUGGAGACCCGGGUCAGGGUGUGCUCCCCCAACGACCGCCUCUUCUGGCCCUUCAGCAAGCGAAGCCACACCGAGACCUUCUACCUGAAACUACGACAAAUGGAACGCAAAGAGCGCAAGAGUCCUUCCUCGGACACGCUUUACGAGGUGCUGAGCUUGGAAAGCGAGACAGAGAGAGAGAAACGCAAGACCACAGCCAGUCCUGGCAUCCUUCCUGGGGGGUCAGGUUCUGUGGUUCCCUCUCCGCCUGAGGACGACGAAGAGGAAGAUAAUGACGAGCCAUUGCUGAGCGGUUCCGGCGACGUCUCCAAAGAGUGUGCGGAGAAGAUCCUGGAGACCUGGGGAGAUUUGCUAACUAAGUGGCAUUUGAACCUAUCUGUGCGGCCCAGGCAGCUUCCGGCCCUGGUGCGGAGCGGCAUUCCCGAGGCACUCCGAGGGGAGGUGUGGCAGCUCCUGGCCGGCUGCCACAACAACGACCACCAGGUGGAGGAGUAUCGCACGCUCAUCACAAAGGAAUCCCCACAGGACAGCGCCAUCACCCGGGACAUCAACAGGACCUUCCCAGCGCACGACUACUUCAAAGACACAGGAGGGGAUGGACAAGACUCCCUCUAUAAGAUCUGCAAGGCCUACUCGGUGUAUGAUGAGGAGAUUGGCUACUGCCAGGGACAAUCCUUCCUGGCUGCUGUGCUCCUGUUGCACAUGCCAGAGGAGCAAGCCUUCAGCGUGCUGGUGAAGAUCAUGUUCGACUACGGCCUGAGGGACCUGUUCAAGCAGAACUUCGAGGAUCUGCACUGCAAGUUCUUCCAGCUGGAGAGGCUCAUGCAGGAGUACAUCCCCGACUUGUACAACCACUUCCUCAACGUGGGCCUGGAGGCUCACAUGUACGCCUCCCAGUGGUUCCUCACGCUCUUCACGGCCAAGUUCCCUCUCUACAUGGUCUUCCAUAUCAUCGACCUGCUCCUGUGUGAGGGCAUCAGCGUGAUCUUCAAUGUGGCUUUGGCGCUCCUCAAGACAUCAAAAGAUGAUCUGAUCCAGGCAGACUUCGAGGGCGCCCUCAAGUUCUUCCGCGUUCCUGUUCCCAAGCGGUAUCGCUCUGAAGAAAACGCAAAGAAGCUAAUGGAGUUGGCUUGUAGCAUGAAGAUCAGCCAGAAGAAGCUGAAGAAGUUUGAGAAGGAGUACCACACCAUUAGAGAGCAGCAGGAGCAGCAGGAGGCUCCCAUCGAGAGAUACGAGAGGGAGAACCGUCGUCUGCAGGAGGCCAACAUGCGUCUGGAGCAGGAGAACGACGACCUGGCCCACGAGCUGGUCAGCAGCAAGAUCGCCCUCCGCAAAGACCUCGACAAUGCUGAGGAGAAGGCGGACGCCCUGAACAAGGAGUUGCUGCUGACCAAACAGAAGCUGGUGGACUCCGAGGACGAGAAGAGGCGGCUGGAGGAGGAAUCUGCUCAGCUGAAGGAGAUGUGCAGGAGGGAGCUUGACAAAUCGGAAUCAGAGAUUAAGAAGAACGGCUCCAUCAUUGGGGAGUACAAGCAGAUCUGCUCCCAGCUGAGCCAGCGUCUGGAGAAGCAGCAGACGGCCAACAGAGGAGAGCUGGAGAAGAUACGCGCCAAAGUGGAAGGCUGUGAGAAAUGCAGCGGCCUCUUCAACAAAGAAGGCCGAGUCAGGGCGGUCGUAGCAGCAGCGGCGGCGGAGGGGGCGGGCGCUCCCGGGGGUGGCGAGGAGGCGGACGAGGAGAAGGAGGGCCUGAAGAACCAGCUGAGGGAGAUGGAGCUGGAGCUGGCGCAGACCAAACUGCAGCUGGUGGAGGCCGAGUGCAAAAUACAGGACCUGGAGCACCAUCUGGGUCUGGCUCUGAACGAGGUCCAGGCGGCAAAGAAGACCUGGUUCAACAGAACCCUGUCCUCUAUCAAGACGGUCACGGGCACCACCCAGGGCAAGGACACCACUUAACACCCCACCACCCCUCACCCACACCCCCGUCCCUGCCUCUUCUCCACCUUGACCUGAAACUACCUACAACUGUCUGGUACAUCAUAUGGAGGGGGCCAUGCAGGGGGGUUGGCGGUGAAGGAGGGGGUGUACCCAUCACGACAACCCCCCCUUCUUUUUUUUUUUUUUUUUACUUGAGUCCAGCUGGGGCACUGAUGGAAGGGGCUUUCAAAAAAAAAACCAAGAAGUUCCUGCUGAUAACAAGCAACAAAAGGAGGAGCCUAACUGUAACCAUGGUAACACACACUCCUUCCUUCCUUUCUUCCUUCCUUUCCUAAAAAAGACUACUGGCACAAACUAAAAAUAACAUUUUUGGGUACGGAAUAGAUGCUUUUUUUGGUAAUAACGUUAUUAUAUAGAAUAUACCUUUUUUUAUAUGUUUGCUCAUCAUGUAAAGUGUGGGAAUGCAUUGCUAAUCACAAAGAGAGAAAAAGCACUAAGGUAGUGAAUGUGUGUGUGCAUGGACCACCUGUUAUUGUGUGUGUGUGUGUGUGCGUGUGCGUGCAUGAGAAAGAGAGAGAGCGAAGAUGUGAAGGUUGAUGAAGAUGACAAUGUAGCAUACGUGAUGCACACAGACGUAAAAACUGAUGCCGUUUAUUUGCUCAUAACCGCCCCCCCUCCCUCUGUGUGUGUGCAUGCACGUGCGUGUGUGCACGUGUGUGUGCUAAAGUGAAACUCCUGUGCUUGCAAAGACACUUUAGAGAAAGACACACGCACACACAUGCAAUGACAUUUUAACAAUACACUUAACUCCCCAUUGGAAAUGAUGGGAAUAGAAAUAAUCCGUUCCAGGGUCAAACUGUGGCCAUCAUCAACCCAUAUUCUGAAGCUUCCAGGCAGUUUGUUAACACUAACUGUCAUAUAAGUGUAAAAAUAAGGAAGCACUGUUCCUACUAGAUUGUAUCUAUACUUUACUUUAAAGGAAAGUGCACUUUUUUUUGGGGGGGGGGGUUUGUCCAUCAUCAUGAUGCGUAUGUGAAACAUGACCACACACGUCUUUCCCUUUUCUGUGCCUUCUAAAGAGACAAAAAGAGCUAGCAUGAGGGCGCUAACAGUGUGCUAACGUGCAUUGUUAGCUCGCUCAUGCUAGCUGUUUUUCUCUCUUUAGAACUCGGAGAAGGGAAAGACAUGUUUCAUGUUUCACGUAAGGAUUGCGGAUGAUGUGUUUGCGUUAGCUAGCUCUCCUACUUCCAGAGCGCCACACACACAAGUGGAAGCGUGUCCAAAUGUGCACCCCGAUUGUGUUGCCUGUGAUGUUAUUCUUAUGACAAAUACACCACACGGGGGCGCUGUUUGGAAACCCCCAAAGUCGUAUUGGUGUGUCAAAUUUGAUUGGUCAAAAAAAACAUGUUUGUGUUCUAUGGUUAUCAUCAUAAUGUUUACCGUCACACACAGGGGAAGCCAAAGAAAAAGCUAAACAUUUAGCGGGAGGCUGUUGCGUUACGUCAUACCCACGUGGCGCCAUCUAGUUUUGGGGGGGGGGGGGGUCAAACAAAAAUAGCAUUUUGACUUGAAUUGAAUGGAGAGGAAAAGAAGACACUGGCUUGUGUAUAUUAUAAAUAGAUAUAAAUAGAAAUAUAAAGACAUGACAAUGAGGUGUUUUUGUUUAUGGUUUUCUACUCUGUCCGUUCAACAACCUCAUGUUGCCUACCUGCUGCCGUUCAAUCAUCCGUAAUUAUCAUAAUAAUCAUAAUAAUCAUAAUAAUAAUGUGUUUUUACGCGUCUGACUGUUGUUCUGUUCCAAUGCCAAAAGAUAGCUUGAGAAUACACAGACGUAUGUACAUGUAUGUUACAUAGGGUGUAUACAUGUACAUGUACAUGACGUGUGUGUACAUGUACAUGACAUGCAUGUACAUGUACUAGCGUAGGGAUGCAUUGUGUUGAUGGCCGCCAUCAUCUUCAAUAUAAAAAUAUCAACACACA